AUGUUAGGAAAUUUAAUUAAGGGAGUUGUAAAUAAUAUUAAUUUAAUAAAUAAAAGGAAUAUAAAUACAAAUGUACAACUACGAAACCCUUAUUAUAGAAAAAAAGGAUUUUGGGAAUGGAGAAGAAGAAUUAUACAUCGAUAUAACGAGAAAAGAUAUAUAAGAAAAGGAAUAAAACCUAAAAUAUAUAAUGAAAAAGAAGAAAAAAUAAAAAAUCGUAAAGAUGAUAGAUAUUGGACAUUUAAAGUAUAUCAAUUAAAAAUAAGUUUAAGAAAUUUAAAUAAUUUUGGUAGAUUAAUAAAAGGUUUACAUUUAGAAGAUGCUAUAAUAUUUUUAGAAUCUAUACCACAAAUACGAAUAAAUAAUAUACUUAAUUCAUUAUUAAAUUCGAAAGAUAAAAUAAUAAAUAAUUUUAAUGGAGAUAUAUCAAGAUUAUAUAUUGAUAAUGUCCAAAUACAUUAUAAUACACCUAUGAAAUAUAUUAAAUAUCAUGCAUUAGGACAUUUUGGAUUAGUAAAAAGUUAUAGAAAUACAUUUACUUAUACAAUUAAACAAAUGAAUAUUCAAGAAUUUUAUCAUAAAAUAUUUAUAAGAGGAAAUGUUCCAAGAUCUUUAUCACAUAAUAUGAGAUUAUAUUUAAAUCAAGAUCGAAUUAAUAAAGAUAAUUUAAUUGAAUGGUAUCCAUAUAUUUGUGCAAAUUCUAGAUAUUAUUUUAGAGAAAAGUUAAGAUACUUAAAUAAUAUUUAUCAGUUUAAUUAUUACAAAUCAAGAAAUAAUUGGAUAGAAAACUAUUUUAAAAAUAUUGAUAGAAGAAAACAGGAGCUACAAAUGCAAAGAAAUGAAAUUACUCAAAUGUUAGAAAAAUAG